AUGAGAUCUGCUAAAAGAAAAAGGCUGCAUUUCAGCAAUAUCUACUCAUUCAAUUGUGUUAAAGGAGCAUUUAAAGAAGAUCAUAAUCAGAUUGGAGGACCAGGUUUUUCUAGAAUAGUGUAUUGUAAUAAUCCAGAUUGUUUGAAGGUCAGUCCUAGGAAUCAUUCAACCAAUUAUGUUAGGACAACUAAGUAUACUGCAGCAAAUUUCUUGCCCAAAUCUCUGUUUGAGCAGUUUAGAAGAGUGGCUAAUUUUUACUUUCUUGUUACUGGAAUCUUGGCCUUCACAUCGCUUGCACCUUAUUCUGCUGUUAGUGCCAUUAUUCCUUUGAUGAUAGUUAUUGGGGCAACCAUGGUGAAGGAAGGUAUUGAAGACUGGAGGCGAAAGCAACAGGAUAAUGAGGUGAACAAUAGAAAAGUCAAGGUACAUCGAGGUGGUGGAGUUUUUGAACGAACGGAAUGGAGAAAUCUAAAAGUGGGCGAGAUAGUUAAGGUGGAGAAGGAUGAAUUCUUUCCGGCAGACCUAGUUUUACUUUCGUCCAAUUAUGAAGAUGCAUUCUGCUAUGUAGAGACCAUGAACCUUGACGGAGAGACAAAUUUGAAACUCAAACAAGCAUUAAAAGUGACUUCAUCCUUAAACGAGGACGAGGACUUUCAUGAUUUUCGGGCCGUAGUUAAAUGUGAAGAUCCAAAUGCUAACUUGUACAGUUUUAUUGGAAGUAUGGAACUUGAAAAACUACUAGAUCCUCUUUCACCUCAACAAUUGCUGCUUAGAGAUUCGAAACUGCGGAACACAGAUUACAUAUAUGGAGUUGUUAUCUUCACUGGACAUGAUACAAAGGUUGUUAUGAACUCUAGAGAUCCUCCUUCCAAGAGAAGCAAAAUCGAAAAGAAAAUGGAUAUGAUCGUCUACUUCUUAUUUUGUGUUCUGUUUGUAAUGGCUUUUUCUGGAUCAGUUUACUUUGGCAUUGUAACAAAACAUGACUUAGAAGGUGGAAAUAAAAGGUGGUACCUCCGAGCAGACAAAGCCAAUGCUUUCUUUGAUCCGAAGAGAGCUCCUAUUGCUGCUGUAUUUCACUUUCUCACGGCUUUGUUACUGUAUAGCUACUUGAUUCCGAUAUCUCUGUAUGUAUCGAUAGAAAUUGUUAAAGUUCUUCAGAGCAUCUUUAUCAAUCAAGACAUUCAUAUGUACUGUGAGGAAGCUGACAAACCAGCACAUGCCCGUACCUCGAACUUGAAUGAGGAAUUAGGCCAAGUUGAUACUAUACUUUCUGACAAGACGGGCACAUUGACUUGCAAUUCAAUGGAAUUCAUCAAGUUCUCCGUGGCUGGUACUGCUUACGGAAAUGGUGUCACAGAUGUUGAAAAUGCGAUUUCAAAAAGAAUAGAAUCUCCCUUGAUAGUGAAUGGAAAAGAUAAAAAGUCUUUUAUCAAAGGUUUCAAUUUUGAUGAUGAAAGGAUCAUGAAUGGGAAAUGGGUAAAUGAGCCCCAUUCAGACGUUAUUCAGAAAUUCUUUUGCAUACUGGCAAUCUGUCACACGGUCAUACCUGACAUAGAUGAAGACACGGGGAUGGUCUUAUAUGAAGCCGAGUCACCAGAUGAGGCAGCUUUUGUUAUUGCAGCAAGAGAACUUGGCUUUGAAUUCUUCAAACGAACGCAAACGAGUGUAUCAUUGAAUGAGUUGGAUCCUGUGUCAGGCAAAAGAGUUGAAAGAUCAUACAAACUGUUAAAUGUUUUAGAAUUCAACAGUUCAAGAAAGCGAAUGUCUGUGAUAGUAAGAGAUGAAGAGGGGAAGCUGUUAUUACUCUGCAAAGGUGCCGACAGUAUUAUGUUUGAGAGGCUUGCCAAAAAUGGAACAGAGUAUGAAGAGGAAACUAGGGAUCAUGUAAAUCAGUAUGCUGGGGUAGGAUUGAGGACCUUGAUUCUUGCUUAUCGGGAACUCAGUGAAGAAGAAUAUAUGGAGUUGAACGGAAAUUUUUCAGAGGCCAAGAACUCAGUCAGUGCAGAUCGUGAGGCAAUGAUUGAUGAAGUGGCGGAAAAAAUAGAAAAAGAUUUGAUUCUUCUUGGUGCAACGGCCGUUGAAGAUAAGCUUCAACAGGGGGUUCCAGAAUGCAUUGACAAGCUUGCACAAGCAGGAAUAAAAAUAUGGGUUUUGACUGGGGAUAAGAUGGAAACUGCCAUUAAUAUUGGUUAUGCAUGUAGCUUGCUCAGACAAGGAAUGAAACAGAUUAUCGUAAACUUGGAUACUACAGAGAACUUUGCAGUGGGAAAAACGGGAGAAAAGGAUGCUAUUGCCAAGGCUUCAAAGGAAAGUGUCCUCUGCCAGAUUGCUGAAGGGAAGGCUCGGGUUGCUGCAUCAAGCUCUGCCUCAUUUGCCUUGAUCAUUGAUGGGAAAUCUCUUGCAUAUGCAUUAGAAGAUGAUGUGAAAAAAUUAUUUCUCGAACUUGCAAUUGGCUGUGCUUCGGUGAUAUGCUGCCGUUCAUCGCCUAUACAGAAGGCAUUGGUAACAAGACUCGUUAAAGAAGGAACCAAGAAGAUGACUUUGGCAAUUGGUGAUGGGGCCAACGACGUAGGGAUGCUUCAAGAAGCAGAUAUCGGAAUCGGAAUCAGUGGAGUUGAAGGAAUGCAGGCCGUCAUGUCGAGCGAUAUUGCAAUUGCUCAGUUUAGAUUUCUUGAGCGCCUGCUUUUGGUGCAUGGACAUUGGUGUUACAGAAGAAUCUCUUCAAUGAUAUGCUACUUUUUCUAUAAGAAUGUCACAUUCGGUGUCACCGUCUUCCUAUACGAGGCAUAUACAUCAUUUUCCGGACAACCUGCAUACAAUGACUGGUUUUUGUCCCUUUACAAUGUAUUUUUCACGUCAUUACCAGUGAUUGCUCUAGGGGUUUUUGAUCAAGACGUGUCUGCCAGAUUUUGUCUAAAGUUUCCUUUGCUAUACCAAGAAGGCGUGCAGAAUGUCCUCUUCAGUUGGCGCCGUAUUAUUGGCUGGAUGUUAAAUGGACACUGCAGUGCUGUCAUUAUCUUCUUCUUCUGUAUAAAGGCACUAAAUCCACAGUCCUUCAAUAAGGAUGGGAAACUCGCCGAGUACCAAAUUUUAGGUGCGACAAUGUACACCUGUGUCGUGUGGGUUGUGAACUGUCAGAUGGCACUUGCCAUCAGUUACUUCACCAUAAUUCAGCAUAUUGUUAUCUGGGGUGGAAUUGCUUUAUGGUAUCUUUUCCUCUUGGCAUAUGGGACUAUGCCUGCUAGCAUUUCCACAACUGCAUACCGAGUUUUUGUCGAAUCUCUUGCCCCAUCACCCUCUUUCUAUGUAGUCACAAUCUUUGGGGUUAUAUCGGCCCUAACACCGUACUUUGCAUACACCUCUAUUCAGAUGAGAUUCUUCCCAAUGUACCAUGAAAUGAUACAGUGGCUAAGACACGACCUUCAAUCAGAGGACUCCGAGAAUUCUAAUUUGGUGAGACGGAGUUCUAUAAGUCCCAUAACUGUUGGUUUUAGUACUGCUCAUUCAUUGGCACAAACUAGUCCAUCCGAAGAUAGAAAAUCGUAA